AUGGACCCCGCAGACUCUUCAGCUUUUGAAUUCAACACUGAGAUGGUGCGGAUGAUUAAGCUUCUUGGCCGCAUUGCUCAGGCCAAUGAUUUGAGGACUAUGGCAGUUAGGCUAAGUGCCAUAGAUGCUAUCAUUUGGAGCAACCCUCGGCUUACUCAGCUUUCUACGGACACUGUGCUGGGCAGCUCCAUAGCUGCCUGGAGGGAGCAAGUCAGGGCUGGCGAGCUUGCUCUCUCUACCUCCACUUCUUUACCGCCGCUCCAGGACAACACACACUCACCACCUGCCUCAUUGCUACCACAGACUUCCUCUCCUUCCUCAUGCAGGCCGGGACCUUGUUCGCCUGUCCAUUCGCCUGCCUUUUUCCUGGCGGCUAUGUGGUCGGAGGAUGAGGAGGAGGUCUCUACAUUUCUCCACCGGUUCCUGUUCCCUCAUCUAGAAGGAAGCGACGCCACCGUCACUCCUCUCCUCGGUCAUCCAUCCAGCAACCAGCCUCCGCUGGAGGGUCAGCGCUCUCAGGAGGCCGACAAACCUCACAGAAGAAAGGGAGAGAAAAAAUACAGCUGUGAUGAGUGUGGGAAGAAUUUUACCCAUCUUGGAAACUUUAAAGCACACCAACUGGUCCACAGUGGAGAUAAACCGUACAGAUGUGACUUGUGUGGAAAACGUUUUACCCAGAAAGGACACCUAAAAUCACACCAGCUCAUCCACAGUGGAGUUAAACCAUACAGCUGUGAGUUGUGUGGAAAGUCUUUUACCCACCCUGCAAGCUUAAAAACACACCAAGUCAUCCACGGUGGAGUUAAACCGUACAGCUGCGACUUGUGUGGAAAGUCUUUUAACGAUCCUGCAGACUUGAAAAAACACCAACUCAUCCACAGUGGAGUAAAAGUGUACAUAGAUGAUCCUGUGAAAGCUGAGCCACCUGUGGAAAAAGAAGAAAAAUGUGUGUCUGAUAGCCUGCUACCUGCUACACCUGACCUGUCUAUUGAGGACCAACACGGAGUGAGAAGUCAGCGCUCUCAGGAGGCCGACAAACCUCACAGAAGAAAGGGAGAGAAAAAAUACAGCUGUGAUGAGUGUGGGAAGAAUUUUACCCAUCUUGGAAACUUUAAAGCACACCAACUGGUCCACAGUGGAGAUAAACCGUACAGAUGUGACUUGUGUGGAAAACGUUUUACCCAGAAAGGACACCUAAAAUCACACCAGCGCAUCCACAGUGGAGUUAAACCAUACAGCUGUGAGUUGUGUGGAAAGUCUUUUACCCACCCUGCAAGCUUAAAAACACACCAAGUCAUCCACGGUGGAGUUAAACCAUACAGCUGUGAGUUAUGUGGAAAGUCUUUUACCCACUCUGCAAGCUUAAAAACACACCAAGUCAUCCACAGUGGAGUUAAACCAUACAGUUGUGAGUUGUGUGGUAAAGCUUUUACUUGCAGUGGUAACUUACAGCGUCAUCAACUCAUCCACUCUGGAAUCAAGGCGUACAGCUGUGGUCAAUGCGGUAAAGCUUUUGCUCGGAGUAGCACCUUACAACGUCACCAAGUCACUCACUCUGGAUUUAAACCGUACAGCUGCGACUUGUGUGGAAAGUCUUUUAACGAUCCUGCAGACUUGAAAAAACACCAACUCAUCCACAGUGGAGUUAAAGUGUACAUAGAUGAUCCUGUGAAAGCUGAGCCACCUGUGGAAAAAGAAGAAAAAUGUGUGUCUGAUAGCCUGCUACCUGCUACACCUGACCUGUCUAUUGAGGCAAGUAAAGCAGAUUUUGUCCAUGUGCAACAGAAUGAUCCAACUCUGGCCAAAUGUUUACUUGCUGUAAAUUCCAACGAGCAAACCCCCAUGUUUACAGCAUUGGCAACAACGUGUUAAUGCGUAAAUGGCA